AUGCUUGCUAUUAUACAGAGAAAAUAUAUCCUUAAUAAAAUUACAAAUCAAAUUGUUCAUAUAAAUACUAGGAAUACAAACAAUCAAUUUAAACUAACAUCAAAUUUGCCAAUACAAUUUAAGGUUGGAUUGGAAAAUCUUCCAACAUGUUUAAGAGAUUUCAUUAACACAUCUCAAAAAGUGGGAAUUGAUGUAGAUAAUUUAUCUACUAUUUCAAUAUUUAAGAAAUUACAUUUUCCAGAUGGUACAAUUGCACGCAGUGAUAAUUCAUGUCUGUUCAAAUUUGCUGAUGCACUGUCUUUUUGA